AAAGUUAAUUUAAAGUAAUUUGCUUCUAUUUUAGCUAAAACCAUAGACUGUAUAUAGGUUAAAAAUGAGCAGAGAGUGCUUUUAAACUCCAACCCGCUAGAUGGCGGUAAUUAAACAAUAGUAGUUUGGAUUAUUUUAUUCUCGGACGACAAAAUCUCGCGAGAAGACGUUCACGUUUCCGCUUUCAUACGUUUACGGUGAGAAAUGCCUAACACCUCACCACCAGAAUGUGUGGGGCAAAAAGAAACCAAAAGUAUAUGGUCCACUGAAACUGGCCCUCCUCAUUAAAAAUGGCAGCAGUAGCUGGAGUGAGAGCUCUCCUCAGCUUUCAUCGAUCAGUGACGUUGCAGCGCAGCUUUGGACACAUUCCGGCUCAGUCGACGUCAACCUUCCUUCCCAGGGGCCUUUGCAGCGCCCCUGCAAAAAGCAGUGAGCCAAAGCCGCUGGUGAACACAGAGAAUGUAUCUCUGCUGGAGAAUCUGAAUCUCAUGGGAGUUGACGUGAAGAUGGCACGCCAGCGUCAGCCUGGGGUGCUUCGUAAAGCUUUCACUAAUGAGCAAGGGCUCGCGAAGUUCCUGCAAGGUAAAGGCGCCAGCCGCAGAGUAAUCGCCAGCAUCAUAUCCCGUUACCCCCGCGCCAUCACCCGCUCAAUUGAACACCUGGAACAGCGCUGGGCGCUGUGGAGAGACAUCUUCAAGACCGAUGGAGAAAUUGUGAGCAUCCUGGAUCGCUCACCAGAGUCCUUCUUCCGGUCCAGUGAUAACGGGAACUUGGAGAAGAACAUAGCUUUUCUGAUCUCGCUGGGAUUGAACACCAAAGACCUCCAUCGGCUGCUGAGCACGGCGCCGCGGACAUUCUCCAACAGUUUAGAGCUCAACAGGCAGAUGGUGGAGUUUCUGGAAGACAUCUGCGCCGAACUCGGUGGGACGAAUCCGGAGCAGUUUCCCAAAUCCAUCAUAUCCAGAAACCUUUACAUUCUUAUCCGAAGCACGAAGAGAGUCAAGACGAACAUCGAUAUCCUGAGAGCUUCUCUGAAGUUGAGCGAUUCAGAAAUGCUUGCUCUGCUUCAAGGCCCCGGGGCAGAAAUACUGGAUCUUUCUAACGAAUAUUUGAAAAAGAAUUUCAACAGUCUCCAGGAGAGGAUGGUUUCACUUGGCUGUCAGAAAGCUGACAUAAAGAAACUAAUCCUCAGCUAUCCAAUGGUUCUGUACAUUGGGACAGACACGCUGAGCUCUAAACUAGACUGUCUCCUUAGAGGAGGAAUAACAAUGAAGCAAAUACUGGAAAAGCCCAAAGUGUUAGACUACAGCACCGAGAACAUUACAGGGCGACUCGGGGAGCUGCAGAGAGUGGGCUACGACUUCCACAAGAAUGGCAUCAACAUCCUGGACUCCAGCCGGAAGCGGUUUGAUGCAAAGAUAGAAAGACUCAGUGCCUCACCAGAAACUGAAUGAAACUGUAUUAUGAUGUUACAUAAUGGUGGAUACUGCGUUUACCUGAGCUUUGCUUCACGGCAGUCAUUUUUUCCUUCAUGUAGUAAUUAGAAUAUGAUUUCCGACUUUGCGGAUGUCUCUUUUGUAAUGUUUCAAUAAAUCUGUUAGGACUACAACGACAAUCAUUUAAUUAUGGAUGAAUCUGCCAAAUAUUUUUCUUGAUUAAUAAGGUCUCUAAAAUAAAUUCACAAUUUCCUAUACUCCCAAGGUCACAUUUCAAAUUUCUUCUUUUUCCAACCAAUCAUCCAAAACCACAAAAAUAUUUAAUUUACUAUCACAGAAGGCAGUGAACUAAAACAAUGGAUCAACUAUCAGUUUCUGCAUAAUGUUCUGCAUCUUUAAUAGCUUUGUAGACAAAAAUUGAUUUGCAUGUGAAUUAUUUUUUUACUUGGUCAAAGAUGUAUAAAUUACAUGUUCGAAUUCAUGAGGAUGCAAUCUUAAAAUAAAAGUGAUAUCCAAAAAAGGCAUCUGAC